UUAUUGUUUGAUUUUCUUUUUGUUUUUGUUUUUUAAAAUCUAAAAAAGGAAAUUUCAUAGUUGGUUGUUCAAAAUAUUGCCAUAUAAAUGAAGGUUAAUGUAUUUGCGUUGAUAUUAUUUUUUUUUUUGGUUUAAUAAAGUCAUAGUUUUGAGAGUUUUUCUUUGUUAUGUUCAUCUUUGUUUCAUUGGGGAGCUAAAGGAUUUUGCUUCGUAUAUUUAGAAAUUGUGAACAUUCAGUUGUCAUAUCGUUGCUGUUUACUUGAGAUUUACGUAAACAAAAGAAUGAAGAAGUGAAGAAGUUGAAAGAGUUGUACGAUAUCUCGUGAGUUUUUUGAGUGUUUUUUUAUUAGAAAUCCAACGGAUGUUUGAAGCUGCUGCACUGCCGAAAACAACUUUUCAGUGCAUCGUUGGAGGGCAAUUUUUUUUUUAUAUAUUGACAUGAUCGAUGAGUACUAUAAAAGUGAUGAUGACAAAUACUACAAAAAGAUAAAGUCAUUGCAUUACAGUGCACUCAUUGGAUAGCCACGUGAAUAUGUAAAGCUCAUGAAUAUGCAGUAAUCGAUGCAUAACAUAUUUUCACUUUGGUGGGUCCCCAAACCCCAAUAAAGUAACCCACCUACUCUAUUAGGGAGGGUUUUUUAGGAUGUGAAUGCUUAGACCCGGAAGAAUCCAAUGAGGUUUUUUCCUUUUUAAUUUUCCACUUUUCUGGUUUUUUUUUUUUUUUUUAAUUUUACUAAUUUGAGGAAAAAUGGUUCAUUGAUUGUGGUUGGAGGCGAGAAGGGUAUUGGGCUUUUAAUGUUGUGGGGCCAAAUAUAUCCAGGUGUGAAAAAACAUGUGGAACAAUGUUGGAAAUUUUAAGUGGUUCAUGGAGGCUGUUAUCAAUUUUACUGGUGUGAAACAAAAAUAUCAUGUAUGGUUGUUGUGUUUCUCAUGUAUCUUAUAAAUAUACAUCACAUCUUGGUUUGGAUUUGUGGUAAAAUUUUAAGUGUUCAUUACCCUUUUGUAGGAACUUUUUUAUGGUACGUUUCUAGAUCAUCUACUAAUUUCUAUACUUUUACCUUUUGGAUUUAAUGCUUUGGCCUUUUCUCUCUUAGCAAAAUGCUUUUCAUACUAAAUACCUUUCUCCUGCAUUAUUUUUUCUUGGAAAUCUCUUGGACAUUUUCGGAGUCUUUCAUGUGGUUGAACCUGACUUGGUCUGUAUUCAAAGAAGUUGCAAUUCUUCAAAGUAUAAUUCCAGGAAAAAGACAUGAAAGUUGUAGGGAAAUUCUGCCAAAACAGGAUAGAUUUCCAAUCAAGCAUUAAAAAAUCAGCAUGGAAUGUAUUUAUUUAUUUGCUCAUUGUCUCCUUGCGGUUGGAUAUCCGUUUUAUUUUUGGCAAGUGGGUUGUUAUGUAAAGAUUAUUGGUUGCAUAUUUUGACCUGAUGUAAACUGUGCAACAGAUAUAGAAAAGGAAUAUUAGGCAGGUUUCUGAGAUGUUUAUUCCUAUGCUUUCUCCAUAGCUUGAUUUCCAGCUUGCAUAGAAUAUUAUGCUCCAAAUGAAGAUGGAAGCUGUGAAACCAUCGGCUGUUACUCCAUCAAAGAGUAAAUGGGUUCGAACUUUAUCGAAAGUUCUUCACCUGCACGCAGCUGCAGCUGGGAUUGUCCCUGAUGAUGGGGUUCAGAAGGUUAAGUCUAACGAAACUGAUGAAUGGAAUGACAGAAAGACCGCCAAGAGAUUAUCUCAGAAAUUUGACAGAUUACAUGAUGAAGAGCUUGAAAGAAAGGUGGCCUUGGAAGUGCUUAUUGCAAAAAUCUUUGCUACCGUUUCUGCUAUUAAGGCUGGAUAUGCUCAGUUGCAGCAUGCUCAAUCGCCUUACGAUGCUGAGGGGAUUCAAGCUGCUGAUCAAUUGAUAGUUUCUGACUUGAAGAAAUUGUCAGAAUUGAAGCAAUGUUUCUUGAAGAAACAGUAUGAUCCUUCCCCAGAACAUGCAAUAAUUUUAGCUGAAAUUCAGGAACAAAAAAGUCUUUCAAAGACAUUUGAAAUUCUGGGAAAGAAAUUGGAAUCUCAGCUGAGACUCAAAGAGUCUGAGAUCAUUUUUCUUCGAGAAAAGUUGGAUGAAUCCCGUAAGCAAAACAGGUUACUGGAGAAGAGAUUAAAUCAAAGUGGUCAGUUAUUUGUGCUCGACAAUCUUCACCUGUCAAGCUUAAAUCCUAGCAAUUUUAUUACUGUUCUUUGUCAAACUGUUAAGUCCAUUAGAAGUUUUGUCAGGCUGAUGAUUGAUGAAAUGAAGUCUGCUGACUGGGAUAUCAAAGCAGCAGCUAGCUCAAUAGAACGAGGUGUGGUUUAUUGGAAAGCAGAUGACAGAUGUUUUGCAUUUGAGUCCUUCAUUUGCAGGGAAAUGUUCAAGGCCUUCCACCAUCCUUACUUCUUUCUUCUUGGUAACUCUGUACCUGAAGGGAAGAAACAUCCACAAGUCUUUUUUGAGAGAUUUAUGGAACUGAAAUCCGUGAAAGUUAAGGAAUAUCUAGCCAAGAAACCUAAGUCAACAUUUGCCAAAUUUUGCCGGACCAAGUACUUGCAAGUUGUUCAUCCUAAGAUGGAAUCCUCUUUUUUUGGUAAUUUGAGCAGCAGAGACAUGGUGAGUUCCUAUCAGUUUCCAGACACUACCUUUUUCACUGUAUUUGCUGAAGUGGCGAAGCGGAUCUGGCUUCUGCACUGCUUAGCCUUUGCUUUUGAGCCAGAGGCAUCGAUCUUUCAAAUAAACAAAGGGUGUAGAUUUUCUGAAGUAUACAUGGAAAGUGUAGCUGAGGAAAUAUUCCUUUCGUCGGAUAUUACACUAGAAUCAGAACCACGGGUGGCAUUUACCGUUGUUCCUGGAUUCAGGAUUGGUAAAACUGUAAUCCAGUGCCAGGUCUAUCUCGCUCGGUUCAAAUAAAGGUAAACCUGUUGAUCCUCUGUUAGUCACAAGAGAAUUUGUUUAUUUGGACCCACAACAUAGUAGAUUGAACUGGAUGCCAUUCUCUUGCCUCUUUUUUAGUAAAUUAGAUUAGGGAAAUGGGAUGCUGGGAUUUGAAACAUGGUUACCUGGGCAAUUUGUCUCCUUGUUUUGUGGCCUUAAUGAUAAAGACAGGCUCAUUGACAGUAAUUUAUUUGUAAGACACAUCCCCCAAUUUUGUUAAUAUUAGGCCCUUGUAUGUUUUAGCUGUUUUGCAUUAUUGCCGUAUUAUGAAGCUUUUAUAUAUAUAUAUAGUUAGUGGUUGGAAACUUUUUAUAUUCAUCAUCUGUAUGUAUGGGUAUUGCUUUGAGUGCCAUGCCAUGAAUUGCCAGAAGGUUCUCUAUCUUUUUGUCUCUAUGCUGUAUUGAUGCCCAUCAAAAUCUCUGGUUCACUUCUUUUUAGGCUUUACUAAUAAGCGUAAAUGAGCAUUUAACUUGAUAAUCGAGCAUUUGACUUGAUAAUCAUAUGCAUGUUUAUCUUUGUUUAAGGACUUGGGUUCGAAUCUUUUUUGUUUUAAUAAAUAAAAAAAGGCUUUAUUAAGAAACUGGUUGUUCUUUGUGCCCUCAGCUCUUUUACACUAAUUUGAGUUGAGCCUGAAAUGCAAUUAUUCAAAACUAUAUAAGUCCAUUACUUCCGUCUCUGGAAGCUUUGAAGAAAUAAAAAGCCUUUUAGAUAUCAUCAAAAACGUGUAUUGGAAUGCAAAAACACCAACUUUUGGUGGAAAAAAGAAAUAUUAUAAUAAUUGUCUGGGUAGCAAUAAAAUAAUUUAUAAUUCAAUGUGGUCGGUCCUGGAUGACAGCAACA